AUGAAGAACACUACUGCAAGCAUGGCAACAGCACGUGAACAGCAUACUGCAAUGCUGCCCAAUUCGAGCAAAGUUCUUGUCACUGGUGGUUACAGACCGUCCGCUUAUCUUACUAGUUGUGAGAUAUAUGAUCCAUCAUCGGGACAAUGGAACACUACUGCAAGCAUGGCAACAGCACGUCAAGAGCAUACUGCAACCCUUCUCAAUUCGAGCAAAAUUCUUGUCACUGGUGGUGAAGAAUCGUCCGGCCAGCUUGCCAGUUUUGAAAUAUACUAUCCUUGA